CCUCGCCCCACCGCGGGCGGCCGCCGCCAUCGCCGCCAAUGAGGGCCGGGGCCGUCACGGCGCCGCGUCACGGGGCGGCCGCCAAGAUGGCGAAGGUCUCGGAGAUGUACGACGUGACCUGGGAAGAUAUGCGUGAUAAAAUGAGAAAAUGGAGGGAAGAAAACUACCGAAACAGUGAACAGAUAGUGGAUGUUGGAGAAGAGUUAAUUAAUGAAUAUGCCUCUAAGCUUGGAGAUGACAUUUGGAUAAUAUAUGAACAGGUGAUGAUUGCUGCCCUGGACUGCAGUCGAGAUGAUUUGGCAUUGUUUUGUCUUCAGGAACUAAGAAGGCAGUUUCCUGGGAGCCACAGAGUUAAGCGAUUAACUGGAAUGAGAUUUGAAGCUAUGGAAAGGUAUGAUGAUGCCAUACAGUUAUAUGAUCGAAUUUUACAAGAAGAUUCAACUAAUACAGCAGCAAGAAAGCGUAAGAUUGCCAUUCGAAAAGCCCAGGGGAAAAAUCUUGAGGCCAUCCGAGAGCUGAAUGAGUAUCUGGAACAAUUUGUUGGAGACCAGGAAGCUUGGCAUGAACUUGCAGAACUUUACAUCAAUGAGCAUGACUAUGCAAAGGCAGCCUUCUGCUUAGAGGAGCUUAUGAUGACUAAUCCGCACAACCACUUGUAUUGUCAGCAAUAUGCUGAAGUUAAAUACACUCAAGGGGGGCUUGAAAACCUUGAGCUAUCAAGAAAGUAUUUUGCACAAGCACUGAAGCUUAACAACAGAAAUAUGAGAGCUUUGUUUGGACUUUACAUGUCUGCAAGCCAUAUUGCAUCCAACCCAAAAGCAAGCGCAAAAAUGAAAAAAGAUAAUAUGAAAUAUGCCAGCUGGGCAGCUAAUCAAAUAAACAGAGCAUACCAGUUUGCAGGUCGCAGUAAGAAAGAAAGUAAAUACUCUUUGAAGGCAGUGGAAGACAUGUUGGAGACCCUGCAAAUCACUCAGUCUUAGGUUGGCACAAAGACAUGCAAUAUUAAAUUCACAGAUUCCCUGAUCAAACUUCAAUGAGCUAUGGGUUAUGUUACUCAAAUGCUGUUAAAAAUUAAUUUUGUAUUGAUUAAUGUGGCUAUCUAAAAUAAUGUUUUAUGAGAAGUAAAUGACUAUUUAUUGCUGCUAUGAGAAAUGUGAUAAAUACCCACUGAAAUGAAUGAAUUACCAACGAAGACAGCAUAAAGAAGUAUAAUGAGUUGCACAUCAGUAUCAAGAUUUUUGUAUGUACAGUACCUGCUUUUAAGCCAUAAUUUGUAGAAAUAAACUUGUUAAAUGACUAAAA